AUGCACAUGGAUGGGAGCACUGUGCUACCGUGGUCUGUGCAGGACUACCUUGAAACUAAAAGAAUGAUUUUCCCCAGAUUUUACUUUCUCAGCAACACUGAACUUCUCGACAUCAUAGCGAAUAGCAGAAAUCCAGAGUCUCUACAGCCUCAUCUUGCGAAAUGUUUUGAAAAUAUAAAACGGUUACUGCUGUGGAAGCAAGAAAUUGGGCCCCCUGCCGUCAUAAUGCUCAUAUCCGCUGAAGGAGAGUGCCUUCUGCUGCCCAAGUACGGCCCCGUUGUGAAUGUCCCCAAGUUAGCCAGGUCCUGCUGCCACACUGGUCCAGUUUGCCAGCCAGCCUUUGGCGUGUGCUUCCUGAUAUUUGUAAGUCAAGGGGUCGAAGACUGGAGCUACCAGACUUUUUCCGUGUGGGUGGUGUCUCAUCCGGGACAAGUGGUCCUCACAGUGAGCCAGAUCAUGUUUUCUAAUGAUUGCAUCAGAAGUUUUGCGAGUUCUCGUUCAAGAGAGGAGCUGGAGAAAGUCCGUGCUGGUCUGACGGGUCAGCUGGAGGAGAUUUCGGAGCUUGUGGCGCUGGGUUGCGGUAACGCGCGCACGAAAGCCGUCCUGGGGGCGCUGCUCACGCUGUACGUUCACUGCAGAGACGUAGUGGGGCACCUGCUGCUGAAAGGGGUCUUCAGUGCAGAUGAUUUUGAGUGGACAAGACAUUUGCAGUAUCAGUGGAACGAAAAACAACAGCUGUGCUACGUGUCCCAAGGCGAUGCCAGCUUUACUUAUGGCUACGAGUACCUGGGCUGUACCCCCAGACUGGUCCUCACGCCCCUCACCAACAGGUGCCAGCUCACGCUCACGGGGGCUCUGCUCUUGAAUCUCGGAGGCUGCCCCUCUGGGCCCACCGGGACGGGCAAAACAGAGAGUGUCAAAGAUCUAUAA